CGGCAGCUCCGGCAGCCUUGAGGGACUACAUAUGCAAAACAACUGAUGCUUAAUAUUCAUGAGCUUCUUUUGGGGCUUUAAGUCGUUGAUUAGGACAGCGGCACAGCUUUCUGUCCCAACUGCCCGCCUGACUGGCUGACUUUAUGUGUGUGUGUGCGUGUGUGUCUGUCGCACCCCUUCUCUCUCCCACCGGCCAUACACACACACACUCUCUCACUCACAUCCACCCAGAGCAGAUCAGUGCAGGCAGGCAGCGCUCAGCCCGCUAAAUUGUGUUGCUUCCUCCAAGUGGAAGCGAGGACCGAGAGACCGGAGAAAGAAGAGGACACAUAUUGAAACUUUUUUUUUUUCUUCCCACAAAACAGCCCAAUCUUUUUCUCUGGAGGAGGUUGACAUGACAAUGAGCCGUUAUCGCCGAUGGAUUUGGUAGGACAUCCGCUCUCCGAGUGUUUUUUAAUGCACUCUGAACAAGAAAUGAACUUGUCGAAGGGUCCACUGGUGAACAGCAGCACUGACGACAGCUCCAAGUCAACGUACGGUAAAUGCGGCGCUGGCGCCUGGAGGAUGCACCAAAGCUACGAGCCGCUGGAGACCAACCACAUGAGAGACCCACAUGCCCUCUACAACCCGAGGCUUCUCUGCAGAAUGUCCAGUAAGGAGCGCCACCUUGAGUCCAACUGUCCGUCCUCGUAUAUAAAGACAGAGCCAUCAAGUCCCGCCUCCCUGACUGACAGUCUAAACCACCAUUCGCCCGGGGGCUCCAGCGACGCUUCAGGCUCCUAUUCGUCCACCAUGAACGGCCACCCAAAUGGCUUAGACUCCCCGAGUCUUUAUGGCUCCAACGCGGGGCCUUUGGGUCCCGCCGGCGGCCCCGGAUCCAAACGCUAUGAGGACUGUUCGUCAACGAUCGGGGAAGAUUCGCAGAUAAAGUGCGAGUACAUGUUGAAUUCCAUGCCAAAGAGGCUGUGUCUGGUGUGUGGGGACAUUGCUUCUGGCUACCACUAUGGUGUGGCGUCAUGUGAGGCCUGCAAAGCCUUCUUCAAACGCACCAUCCAAGGCAACAUAGAAUACAGCUGUCCAGCCACCAAUGAGUGUGAAAUCACCAAGAGGAGACGCAAGUCCUGCCAGGCCUGCCGCUUCAUGAAGUGUCUGACUGUGGGCAUGCUGAGGGAGGGUGUUCGUCUGGACAGGGUUCGCGGUGGAAGACAGAAGUAUAAACGCCGGAUAGACGCCGACAACAGUCCUUACCUGAACCCCCAGCUGGCUCUGCCCGCCAAGAAGCCAUUUGCCUUUGGCUGCCUUGCAGAUAACAAAAUUGUCUCUCACCUGCUGGUGGCCGAGCCAGAAAAGAUAUAUGCCAUGCCCGACCCCACGGUACCAGACAGCGACAUUAAGGCCCUGACCACGCUGUGCGACCUCGCCGACAGAGAGCUGGUGGUCAACAUCGGCUGGGCCAAACAUAUCCCAGGCUUCUCCACGCUGUCUCUAGCAGACCAGAUGAGUCUACUGCAGAGUGCAUGGAUGGAGAUCUUGAUCCUGCGUGUGGUCUACCGCUCGCUUUCCUUCGAAGACAAGCUGGUGUAUGCGGAGGACUACAUCAUGGACGAGGACCAGUCGAAGCUGGCUGGACUGUUAGACCUGAAUAACGCCAUCCUCCAGCUGGUCAAAAAGUACAAAGCCAUGAAAAUGGAGAAGGAGGAAUUUGUCACUCUCAAGGCCAUCGCGUUGGCUAACUCAGAUUCCAUGCACAUUGAGGACGUGGAUGCCGUGCAGAAGCUCCAAGACGUGCUCCACGAGGCCCUGCAGGACUACGAGGCUUCCCAGCACCAGGAGGACCCUCGCCGGGCAGGCAAGCUGCUCAUGACCCUGCCUCUGCUCCGCCAGACCUCCACCAAGGCCGUGCAGCACUUCUACAGCAUCAAGCAGGACGGCAAAGUGCCCAUGCACAAACUCUUCCUGGAGCUGCUGGAGGCCAAAGUGUGAGGGCGGAGUCUCCAAACUACUUCCAGUGACCUCUCCACCUUUAACACACACACAGUAAUAUGCCCCUUAACUAAACAAGUAAGCUACUCCUUACCUUAACUGUCUAAGAUUUAAAAAAAAAAAAAGGUUCACUUGACCUUUCGCUUUUGGGAGGUGCGGGGAUGCAAGCUGACAGACUGAUAUGACCCCGCCCACUUUAUUGGGGCAGAGACAAAGACGCUUCCUGCUGUUAUUGUCCUGAGCAAGAACGCCGACAAGAACUCUCUCAUAUGCAUUUAAUAAUGAGCUUAUUCAUACGAGGACACAAGGAAAUGUUCAUUUGAUGACCGGUGAGAGCCCCCCUAAUCCUCCUCUCCCACCUAUAUUAAUUUUGUAAGUGUUUAAGAAGAUAAGUUAAAGGGAAAAAAAAGAAGUAUUAAUGACAUUUGUAAUCACAUUACGUGUACAUUGACAUUGGGAUGGACAAAGAAGAUGGAAGAGAUUUGCCUGCCAAAAGAUGGAACACUUUCAUUACAUUCAGCAGAUGCCAGCAAACUUUCACUAUCAUACACAAUUAUUUGAAGUUUUAUUUUGAAAAAUCCCUUUCUCUUCCAUAAAUAAUUUCCAGCCAACAGGGCUGAUUUAUCUACAUUUGGAUUUGCUGUUAACACUUUCAUGGUUCUUCUCGAAUGACGGGCCCGGUUACCCACUAUGCUCCUGGGUUUCAUGCUUGAAGCGAAAAAUUCCAGCAGAGUUAAUGAGUGACUAAGAAGUCAGCAGUUGUUGCUUUUCCACAAAAAAAGCUGUGAUAACCAGGCCACCUUCAACACAUUAAUCGUAAAAUAAAAAUGCUGAUAUUUACACACUUUAUCUAAAAGGAGACUGAGGGCAGCGUAAAAGUGCCACUAUAGCAAAGUGGAGACUAUGGAGUUUAAUACUGCUGGGUCCACAGCAUAGCAAUAGACUAAAUUAGUACAUUUUUUAUGUAGCCUCAAAUGUUACAAUCAAGGCUGCAACAAUUUAUUGGUUAGAAAAAAAAUGUUCUGUUGUUUCGAUUCAUCGUUAAAUGAGUGUAACUAAUAAAAGUUGAUGAAAUCCAGACAGCAUGGAAUGCCCGGAACUUUAAAUACUCGGACACACCAUAGUUUCUGCUACAAAAGAGCGUACAUGAGAGCGGUGGCGUGUGGGUGCUGUGUCACAUUUUUAUUAUGCACACAUGUUAAAAGUGCAAUUUCAAUGUUAAUGAUGUGCAUUUAUUACAAAAAAAGAUGGUUAUGGCAAGCAUGAAAAAUUGGUGUUUGUUUUAAGUAUUUGCCCUAAACUACGCAUUGAGGCCAUAAACUGUGUUUUAUCCGAUUACUCGAUCUGAUAACAAACUAUUUGAUUGAUUACUAAAAAUGAUUGAUGUCUGCAGCCAUAGUUAGAAGGUUCUAACCUGCUCGACCAUAACUAGUCACUCCUGGUCCCUGGUUCUACCUCUGGAAAAGCGUAAAGUGAGCCAAGUGGACACUUGGACUGCUCACAUUGUCUGCAGCGUUUCCAUCUUCUCAGCUUCAGCCUCACGUGACUCCGCCCGUGUGUCAAUAGUCCUUUGUCACCUCCGUGCUUCCCUCCUUGCUCACUUUCCUUCCCACGAGAUCAUCUUUACAAGAUGGCCUCGGACCGGUGGGGACAGAGGGUGCAUUGUCAAGCCUCGCUUUAUGUGUCAUUUCAAGGGGUUUCUAUCUGGGACUAAUCCUUGCUAAUGUACCUCGAAUAGGCGUGUAAAUAACAGCCAUCUUGUGUAUGACAAAUAACAGCAGCUUUUGUUUUGGAACUUCCUGUCCGCUAUUAACUUGACCAUGACGCUCAGCUGCUAUCAUGUAUGUAUAAACAUAAUCAGUAAUAUCACUUAUUGACAAGGAUGAGGUUAGGGGUCAGGACACCUCGUCAUGGGACUGAGAAGCCAUCGUCUAAAGCCGCGUUUCCACCAGGUGGUACAGUUCUGGUUGCCACGGUACACUUUGGAACAGUAAUGUGUGCCCUCAUAGUAGCAGGACAGGUCACUGACUGCAACGGCCCACAUUUUCUGCCUCGUUCCCAAGUCAAUGAAGAGCUAAAUGGAAGCAGGAAUUGUCCUGUGUGAAAUGUUGUAAAGUUUAAAAGGGAGCUGCACUGCUUCGUGAAUUGUGCCUGUCAUUCACAAUCCUUAUGUAAGACAAGAACACAUACGUUUUUUCCCUUUUUAUGUAUAUUAAAUAGUAUACAAAAACUGCUAGUAAGAGGCAGCUAACAAUGCAGCCAAUGGGGAUACAUAAAAUGUUGUAAACCUCCAUUAGCGUUUUAUAUACAUGCUGUAAGAAUAUAUGUGAUGUAGAAACAGGAACAUUCAUUAUAACUACAGAUGUCCGAUAAUAUGGGACUGCCGAUAUUGCCUGUUAAAUGCUUUAAGAUGUAAUAUCGGAAAUUAUUGGUAUCGGUUUCAUAAAGUAAAAUUCAUUACUUUUUAAAACGCCUCUGUGUACACAAACGUACGGAGAAGAACAGAGCGCCAAUAAAACCUUAAAGGCACUGCCUUUGCGUGCCGGCCCAGUCAUAUAAUAUCUACGGCUUUUCACACACACAAGUGAAUGCAACACAUACUUGGUUAGCAGCCACACAGGUCACACUGAGGGUGACCGUAUAAACAACUUUAACACUGUUACAAAUAUGCGCCACACUGUGAACCCACACCAAACAAGAAUGACAAACACAUUUCGGGAGAACACCCGCACCGUAACACAACAUAAACACAACAAAACAAAUACCCAGUGUCCCUUGCAGCACUAACUCUUCCGGGACACUACAAUAUACACACACCUCCCACCCCCCACUAUCUCCUAACCCUCCACCUCAACCCCACCCGCCCACCUCUACCUCCUCAUGCUCUCUCAGGGAGAGCAUGUCCCAAAUUCCAAGCUGCUGUUUUGGGGCUUGUUAAAAAAAAAAAAAAAUGCACUUUGUGACUUCAAUAAUAAAUAUUGCAGAGUGCCAUGUUGGCAUUUUUUUCCAUAACUUGAGUUGAUUCAUUUUGGAAACCUUGUUAGAUUGUUUAAUGCAUCCAGUGGGGCAUCACAACAAAAUUAGGCAUAAUAAUGUGUUAAUUCCAUCGGUUGAUAUCGGUAUCGGUAAUUAAGAGUUGGACAAUAUCGGCAAAAAAGUCAUUAUCGGACAUCUCUAAUAAUAACAUUUAAUAUCUACCUUAUUUUGAUCUUUUUAAAUAUUACCCUAACUUAUUUUCUGGGGGCAUUGAUUUCACAGAGCGCAUUGCAAUGUUUGCUACUUCAUUCAACAAAAACUACUACUCAUAAUCAUGGCAGACUUCAUGACUGCUUUGGGACAAGCAAUGAUUCAGAACUUUACAUUUUUGAGCCUGAAUAUAGGGAGGAUGAGCUACAAGUUUUAGAAGCUGACUGAUAAGCAGACCUAACUAUAGUGGAACAUUUAAGCAUCUUGCAUUAGUAGUGCUACAAAAUGUAAAUGGAGUAUUGUUGUCAGUUUUGGAUGUUAUGUAGAGGGUUUUAACUCAACAGUGACUCACAAUGCUGACUAGUGGGAUGUUUUUUAUCUUUCAGCACCAGACUGGUUUUCCCUGUUUAGAUGAGAAAUCUGUCUUCAGGUAAAAAAUGCUGAGAGAAAACCAGCAUCUUGCCGCAUCUUCCUAGCGCAGUGUAAAUUGAAUUUCUAAGUUGACAUACUGUAUAGCUCGGUUGGUAGAGCGGCCGUGCCAGCAACUUGAAGGUUGCAGGUUUGAAUCCCGCUUCCGCCAUCCUAGUCACUGCCAUUGUGUCCUUGGGCAAGACACUUUACCCACUUGCUCCCAGUGCCACCCACACUGGUUUAAAGGUAAAAAAAAAUUAGAUAUUGGGUUUCACUAUGUAAAGCGCUUUGAGUCACUAGAGAAAAAGCGCUAUAUAAAUAUAAUUCACUUCACUUCACUUCUUGGUUUAUUGCCACAACCUUCUACUUUCUAAGUGCGAUGUGAUGAUUUAUAAUCAAGCAAAAACUUGUCCAAACUCAAAGGUGGUUCAGCAGCAGCUAAGUAGUUAGCUUACCUCUCUGUGAACAAGGCGAUAAAAGUAGUUCCUCUGAAUUAGCGCUUAUAAUAACAAUGUUGCUAAUACUUGGUUAAUGUGCAGGUCACGACAUGUAAACGAAGUAUUGUUGUCAUUAUUUGAAUCUGUUUUUCGAGGGUUUUAUAGCCGGAGAAUGUGAAUCUCAUAAGCUACAUUGUUAGCCGCCUCGUACUAGCAGUUUUUCACUAUUUUGCACAGAAAAGAGAAAAAUGCAUGUUCUUGUCUCGCAUGAGGAUUGUGGAUGAUGGGAAAAAUUCCCCCAAAAAGUGCAUUUCCCCUUUAAAACUCACUUCUCUCCUUCUGUGAGUGUGUUGAAAGCGAAACUGUUUGUCAGACAAAACAAAUGAUUCCAGAUGCAAUAUUUUCCGCGUUCUGUGUGAAAGACGCCGGCAAAUGAACAUCAGAUCUUCCGACUAGCAGGGUGAAUUGCAACACUUUGACAAAAAACAGUUGGAAAUGGGAAAGAUGUAGUUGUUUGGCUUACUUCCCUGCUUAGGAGGUGCAGAAUUAUCUGAGCUUGGUCCGUGCAAAAUGGGAUGCCUUAUUGCACUCAGCUGUUGGAAGUAAUUGUCGCUGUCAAACGAGACUAAAGAUGUAAUCAAUUAUGCAAAGCUCAUUCAUAUCCCGCUUUGCUGCGUUUUGCGUGAAAGGCACGGGCCAAUGAAUGUAGACGAGUGUUCUAGGGCGGCACAUUUUACUGGCCAUCUUUGUCAAGUCACAACUUUUGACAAAACUGCUCCGUUUGGUGGAAACGGGCGUUAAUUGUGGUGCUAAAACAAAUUAGCAUCGUUAUCACACAAGUGGUUUUGCGAUCCAACUUCCUGUUUUGAAAUGCAAUAACAUAAGUCAAAUAAACUAAAGUUAGAGCAUGUUAAGGCCGAUUUAUCAGACAUCUGCUUGUAUUUUCUUCACAUAUAACAAGGCAUUGCAUCAUUUUAAUACCGUGUCUGCAAACAGGAAGUAGGACCCAGAAAGCUUUAACAGUUAAACGUCAUAAACGAUUGUGUAAGUGAUUGGUUCUUAAAGCUGGAUAAAGAUGUCGACUGUUUGUCCAAACUACAAGAAGCUGGCAUCAUUAUUUAACCUUGUAUAUUGUAAAUAGGGGCAAAAACAGAUUGAAUUCUAACACAAGACGUUUUAUUGAAGGGCAAAAAGCAACAAUAACAACAACAAAAAAGUGAUUCGACCUUUUGACUUUUGCUUUUUAUUCGUCAAGUCUUCCCUUAUUUUGAGUCGUGUCACUGUCCUUGUGACGUGGGGGGCGGGGGGGUGUUAAAACACAGCGCUCAUCUCUUACAGACAUAAUGAAUUAUUUAGUAUCUAAAUGAUAACAACAAGUAUUUACAUGGGAGGAGAGUGAUUUGAAGAAACAAUAUUCUGUAUUAUCUUUUGAGGUUUCACUAACCUGAGGAUGGACCGAGAGACAUUUGAGUAAAUCUGAGGGGACUUUUUAAAAAUAAUCUCCCUGUACAUACAUAACUACCUUCCACGCAACUCCCAUCAUUUUGCCCGAUUUAUUACAAUUUUCUGAUGAUUUUUAAAAUCAUUUUGAAAAUAACUUCAAGGCCUUUCGGUUAGUUAUGUUGUCUUUGAUCACUUAAAAGUGUAGUAUUCUGUCCAAUUUUGAAAAGGCUUUGAGGCAUCGUAAGCUUUAAUAUAAGUGUUUUAAUAGGAGCAAAAGUACCGCUAUUGUUACAAAACUAGUCCGGCUUUACAAGAUGUUCUGCAGUGAAACCAGUGACAGAUGCUGCGAGUGUCCCAAAUGUGCACUUGAUUUGACUGCGAUGUCGAAAUUUAAUAGGGGACAGACUUGUGUAUUUGUCACAGGCCAGCUAAGUCAAUGAGAAACCACAUUUAUGGUCCAAAAAAAAAUGUUUUUGUCAUUUCCGACAAGCAAUAUUUUGUUGCACUCGAUGACUUCUGAUGUUAUUUCUAGUGUUUUCCAUGAGGUGCAAUGGGAAAAUGAGUUGCACUUUAAGCACCGCGUUUUUUUUUUUGUUUGUUUGUUUCCUUUCAUCUGUUAUUAACCUGCAAAUAUUGUACGUAAUCAUCUCUCAUGCUCGACUACGACCAUGAAGGAUUGUCCAUUAUUUAGUUGUAUUCACCUUUGGCUGCUGCCUUCAUGUAAGGGAGCAACAACUUUUAGGGGUAUUCAAAAAAAAAAAAAAACAGACCCUUUUCUUGUGAAGCGUCCUGGACGAAGAUAUGAAAACCCUCCUGUUGUUAUUUAAAAAAAAAUAUGUUCUUAGAUUAUAGAUGUGCUUCACAUCAGUAAACUGAAAAUGACAAAAAAAAAACAACUACCUGUAUAUUUUUGUGAUGUGUAUCAUACAAGUGUGCUCCAAUGAUAAUGUCCAUUUGUGUAAAUGUAUUUAUUUCACACUGUAUAUAUUGUUCAAUGCAAAAAGAGAGAGCUAUGAUUCUGUAAGUUAAAUAUUUGUUUGAAACAUUACAUGUGUUACUCCAGACUAUGCCUUUCAGGAUUAUUACAGUAGAGCAAUAUCGAUUAAAACCAGGCUUCCACUUUU